AUGUCACCUGUAGAACUAUAUUGGGAUUAUUCUGGUGCAGCUUCUGAUAGUAGCGAGGAAUCAAAGACAGUUCCAUUCGAAUGCCCAAUUCCGUGUCGUACAAAUGGCAACGGAAACCUAUGGAACGUUAUGCCAAUCAUUAGUGUCAAAAAUACACCCUGGGAAAUCGUGGCUACUAUGGAAGGCGAACACUACUUCCCCGAAGCAAGGAUUGACGGCGAAGCCUACCAGCGUGAUCGUUUCUACGCUACAACGUCCUUCCGUAGUGAAGUUCCUAUGCCAUAUUUCUCUUGGGCAGAGUACAAGAUAAAUAACGUUGCAGUCGACUACGAUAUAGCAAUAAAAGGAGCGCUUUUCUUAGCGAACAACUGCGCAUCUCUUAGUGACCGAGAGUCGCUCGUGGAGGCUUUGAUGCAGACGAAGCUGCGGGUUGAUUCACCGAGUGGUUGCAUGCAUAAUUCAGAGCCGCAAACAGGCAUCGAUCGAUCGAAUACUACCCAGAUUCAAGAACAGUAUCUAUUUUAUCUUGCCUUUGAGAACCAAAGAUCUGACGACUAUAUUACAGAGAAACUCUGGGGCUCUCUAAGUGCUGGUACUCUUCCUGUGUACUUUGGUGCUCCGAACAUUCGGGAACAUCUUCCGCAGAAGUCAGCUAUUUUUGCUGAUGAUUUCAAAUCCCCACAGGACCUCGCAGAUUACCUAAUCAGACUAUCCAAGAACAAAGACCUUUACAACUCAUAUCAUAAAUGGAGGGAAGAAAAUCUCGAAGAGAAAUUUUUAAGGAAGUAUGACUUUACAAAAACACAUUCAACAUGCAGGAUUUGCAAAUUUUCAUAUGCCUUGAGGCAUGGUUUCGGCUUUGACUAUGUAUUACAAGAGAUUCGAGAACCUCGUGUGCCACACUUGACAUGUCAGAAUAAGUUUGGUUUGGUGAGCCAUCCAUUCAAGGAGUAUUGGCUGUCAAUUUCGUCUAGGAGACCAUUAAAAGUUGAGAGCAGUAUCCAUGACAAGACAUGUUCGAUUGAUGAGACAAAUCGAGCCUUGAAGAUUGACCACAAUUUGGUAACACGAUCGAUUUAUGACCAAGAUGGGGUGACAGACUUUGAUAUCGAUGGCAACUUUCAAAAGGGGUACAUGUUGAAGCUGGAAACGCCAAUUUCUGGUAGUAAUCUGACUCAAAUCAACUCGAAGGAGUAUUGGCUCCAAGACUGUACUUCUCGGAUGACCAUACUUUUGAGUGAGCGGAUCGAUACCUCAGUGUUGGAAGAUGGGACCCUUGAACUGGUAAUUCAUUUUCCUCUUCGAAUCAGAAUAAUUCUGGAGGAUGUAGACCACUUUCAUGAGGGAGCCUGGAAGAGGCAUAGCUAUUUUGGUACUGUGAUGAGCCAAGACUUUUUCUUUCCCCUCCAGGCAUUCAAAAUCAUCGAUGACUAG